CGGCAUGUGUGCGGGAGUGGUGGAGAGGAGGUGGAGAGGAGAGAGGUUGAAAUAAGAUGCCACAGCCACAGCAAGCAACAUCGCUGGCGUCUGUAGGCAAGGCUGUAGCACUAGGUCAGUGGCUGUCCCUGCUGCUCUGUGGCAUGGCUGUGUGUAGUGGGGGGCUACAGCAGUGGUAUCACACACAGGCCCCAACAGCUCAAUCAUUUGUUGGUUACUGUCUUCUUGGUGGAAUCUAUGGCUCCAUCCUAGCUUCUAGGAAAGAACAUCAGAAUAUUUGCUCUGUUCUCCGGAGUCGUGGCUGGAAGUAUUUUCUGGUAGCAGUGGCUGAUGUGGAAGCUAAUUACCUAAUAAUCAGUGCAUAUAGGUACACCACUGUCAACAGUGUACAGCUCCUUAAUGGCUUCAGUGUCCCAGUGGUAAUGCUGCUGUCUUGGACUGUGCUAAAAGUGCGCUUCCAGGCCACUCACAUCUGCGGAGUUCUGCUGUGUAUCGCUGGCGGCGGAGGCUUGGUGGCUGUGGACAGUUUUGCCAAUCCUAGUCAAGAUACAGCUCCCAGACAGUGGCAGGGUGAUAUUAUGACCAUAGGUGGCGCUGCAUUGUAUGGCGUGUCCAAUGUUGCCCAAGAGGUGACUGUCCGCAGCCAUGGCAUGGUGGAAUUUCUAGGCAUGAUUGGACUUUUUGGGAGCUUCAUCAAUGGUGUUCAGUUUGCCAUCUUAGAACACCAUGAAGUCAGAGGCAUAGAUUUCUCUUCAUAUCACAUAGAUUUGCUAUUGGUCAGUUUUGUCCUGUGUCAGUUUGCGCUCUACUCCAGCAUGCCUGUAGUUAUCAAAUACACCAGUGCCACCUCUGUGAAUCUCUCCAUUCUGUCCACAAAUUUUUAUGUUUUACUCUUUGGUCUGUUAUUGUUCAAGUAUCAGUUUCAUGUCCUGUACUUUGUGGCUUUUGCUGUGAUAGUAGUUGGUCUCAUUAUCUACAGUGUUCGACCGACAGCCACAAGCUUUGAAACUUGUGAGAAUGAGGAAACAGCAGACAGAAGGACCACCACAAAACAAACAGAAGAAAAAGAAAAACUUUUAGACAAACAAGUUCUAGGAGAUGAGAGGACACAGCAGGGAGUCAGUAAUCCAGAAAGCAGUAAUCCAGAAAGCAUACAAGGGGAGGCGGAGGGUGCUUUGUGUGGGGGGAGAUGACGUCUUAGAAGAUAUUUCAGGUUUGACAUUAACCAGUCACAGUUAUUGUGCAAUAAUUCAUAAUAGUUCUAUUUUUCACAGAAUCUCUAUAAAAGCUGUACAUAAAAAAAUACCACCCUUAGAGGUGGGGUGAUUGGCAUAAUAGAUAGAAUAAGUCGAAGGCAUAAUAGAUAGAAUAAGUCAAAUUUCUCAGAUCUUUUGCAUAGAAGCUCACUUUGUAGCAAAUUUUAUCUAACUGGGCCUUUAAAAUGCAUAUACAAGACUGGGUACUGGCAUGCACUGGUCCACGAAAAUGGAUCACAUUUAUAUCACAUUUUCAUUAUGAUAACUCUUGGAUUAUUUAUUAUGUCCACUUUUAUUCAACUCACUGUUCAGUUGCAUUAUUCAUUAGUUUAGUAGUUGGAUCAUAGAUGACUGUUUAGCACAAGGUGAAAAUUUUGCGUCAGGCUGAUGAAGACGGACAACCUUGUUGGCUGCAAGCUUAUGGUUGGAAGAAAAUUUUCAGCUUUUGUUAAAUAAUUGUCAUCUGUGGUAAGGUAUUAUUUUUAACAAGUCUUAUUUAUGUCGUACUGUGCUAAGCAAACUUAAAAUUUACUAAAUUUACUCCCUAUGAUUUUAAAGAGAUAACAACCUUUCGUAAGAUAUCCAUAUUUCACAAUAAAUACAUUAUAAAUAACUUACAGAAAUACAAUAAAUCCUAUUUUACCCCCAAAAUGGCGGUUAAAACAAUUAUUUUGGAAUUUGUGCUUGCCAUCACAUCACGUGACCUCCAUAGGUGGCUACACUCUGUAA